GUCCUCAAGGGGCGGAACUUCCGUUCCCUCAAGCGCGAGAGAGGAAGGGGCGGGGCCUCGCCGGCCUCUCCGGCGUCCGGCAGUGGGCGGGGCUCCGUUGCCACAGUAACCGGAUGCUGGUGUCGGGGUGGCGUCUUCCCGUGGCCGCCUGACUUACCGGUUUCUCGGCGCUGAGCUGCCGAGGCUAUGAAUCAUAACGAGAGAUUCGCCUUCAUCGCAGAGUGGUAUGAUCCAAAUGCUUCACUUCUCCGACGUUACGAUCUUUUCUUUUACCCAGCGGAUGGGUCUGUUGAGAUGCAUGACCUAAAGAAUCGUCGUACUUUUUUAAAGCGGACUAAAUAUGAUGAUCUACAUGUGGAAGAUUUAUUUAUAGGCAACAAAGUGAAUGUGUUUUCUCGACAACUGGUGUUGGUUGACUAUGGGGACCAGUAUACAUCUCGCCAACUUGGCAGUAGAAAAGAAAAAACAUUAGCCCUGAUUAAACCUGAUGCAGUACCCAAGGCUGGAGAAAUAAUUGAAAUGAUAAAUAAAGCUGGAUUUACUAUAACCAAACUCAAAAUGAUGAAACUUUCAAGGAAAGAAGGAAGCGAUUUUCAUGUAGACCACCAAGGAAGGCCCUUGUAUAGUGAGCUGAUCCAGUUUAUUACAAGCGGGCCUGUGAUUGCCAUGGAAGUUUUAAGAGAUGAUGCUAUCUCUGAAUGGAAAAGACUCCUUGGGCCUGCCAACUCUGAGGUGGCACGUGCAGAUGCCCCAGGAAGCAUCCGAGCCCUCUACGGAGCAGACAGCAUAAGAAAUGCGGCUCAUGGCCCCGAUUCUUUUGCUUCCGCUGCCAGAGAAAUGGAGUUAUUUUUUCCUUCAAGUGGAGGAUGCAGGCCCGCAAACACUGCUAAGUUUACCAAUUGUACCUGCUGUAUUGUUAAACCCCAUGCUAUCAGUGAAGGACUGUUGGGAAAAAUCUUGAUGAGUAUUCGAGAUGGAGGCUUUGAAGUUUCAGCUAUGCAGAUGUUCAAUAUGGAUCAGGUUAAUGUUGAAGAAUUCUAUGAAGUUUAUAAAGGAGUAGUAACUGAUUAUAAUGAGAUGGUGACAGAAAUGUAUUCUGGCCCUUGUGUGGCUCUGGAGAUUCAGCAGAGUAACCCUGCCAAGACGUUUCGAGAGUUCUGCGGGCCUGCCGACCCUGAAAUUGCCCGGCAUUUGCGCCCUGACACCCUCAGAGCAAUCUUUGGUAAAACUAAGAUCCGGAAUGCUGUUCACUGUACGGAUCUGCCAGAGGACGGCCUGCUCGAGGUUCAAUAUUUCUUCAAGAUCUUGGAUAAUUAGCGGCGCAAAAAGCAAAGAAGCCACAGACCGGCGCACGUAGACAACAGCGGGUGAGGAGCGUGUUCAUUCUUUUAUUGUCC